UUUCUUUCUCUCUCCACCCAUCAGGCGGCCGCUCAGCAUCUGUGUAUGUGUGUGCGGAUCAGAGUUGAGCCCAGUGCGAGAAACAUCAGCAGGCUGAGCGCCGCUGUCAACCACCGGCUCCGGUACACCGGACCACUGACUCGAAAAGUUGACUUAAUUUCUGUCUCCAGCAUUCAGCCUGUAGCAGGUUCAGACGCAGCCCUCGGGGGGGACAUGCCGGAACCCGAGGGGACUCGUCGGUCACCACAAGGUGUCCCUUACACCGACCUGCCGCACAUCGUCAACGCCGACGGACUGCACUUGUUCUGCCGUUACUGGGAGCCUGACAGUCCGCCGAAGGCGCUGGUGUUUGUUGCCCAUGGAGCAGGAGAGCACUGUGGGGGAUAUGCUGACAUUGCUCACAGUCUGACCCAGCAUGGCAUUCUGGUGUUCGCCCAUGACCACGUUGGUCAUGGGCAAAGUGAAGGUGAGAGAAUGGAUAUCAAAAACUUCCAGAUUUACAUCAGAGACUCCCUACAGCACAUUGACAUCAUGAAGGGCCGGUACCCCAAGCUGCCUGUCUUCAUCGUUGGACACUCAAUGGGAGGAGCCAUUUCCAUUCUGACCGCAUGCGAGAGGCCGCAGGAUUUUGCAGGUGUGGUUCUCAUUGCCCCCAUGGUUCAAAUGAACGCUGAAUCUGCCACACCCUUCAAGGUUUUCCUGGCAAAAAUUCUAAGCCGUUUGACUCCCAAACUCACUCUUGGCUCAAUUGAUUCAAAAUGGGUCUCGCGGGAUCCCAAACAGGUGGAGGCAUAUGACACAGAUGAGCUAAAUUAUCACGGAGGGCUGCGCAUCUCGUUCGGAAUGCAGCUAAUGGAUGCAGCGGCUCGCAUUGAGAGAGAAUUACCCAACAUCACGUGGCCCUUCUUACUUCUUCAUGGUGAUGCCGACAAGCUUUGUGACAUCAGAGGCUCCCAUCUAAUGUAUAACGAGGUCAAGAGCACUGAUAAAAAACUGAAGGUAUAUGAAGAUGCCUACCAUGCCCUGCAUCAUGACUUACCUGAGAUAGCUGAGUCUGUCUUAAAGGACGUGAAAACCUGGAUCCUGGAGAGACUCCCCACCUCUGAUGGGUCUUAGCUGUCAAUCACCGCAUACACACUUGCCUAAGCCCCGCCCUCUAUCAAAUCUUUUAUCUCUACUGACAAAGAGAUGACUGAUUGCACUACACGCCAACAAAACUACCCUCAUUAUAAUUUAUCUAGGUGAUGUAAGAGGUCAUUAAUAAAUGAUCUUUGACCUUAAGUUCCAAUUAAGCUUUAAUAUGGCCAGUAAGGGUUCUGUGGGAAUUUAUGUUCCGUCAAACUACAGGGCAUGGCUUGUGCGUUCCCAUAGCAAUCGUCAUGAGGAAAAUAAUGCACCCGGUUGCCCCUUGGUGCUGAGCUCUUUUUUGUGUUGCCACAGUAAUAGAACACAGCUGCAGUUUGCUCUUUGUGAUGUCCACUGCUCAUUAGAGAUGCAGUGCUGUCCCCGCUGGACAACAGCAGUACUGCAUCCUGCUUUGAGCGCAGUUACCAAGGCAACUCAACCAUUGCCUAUGGCUUGGCAGAAAAACAAACUGAACCUACAGAAUGAGAACAUGGUAAUGCUUUGAGACAUUCAGAGAGCAAAAUGUCUGCUGGGCAAUUUUAAAAUUGCACUUGAAGAGAUCAAUUAGACAAUCUCUAACAGACACAUCUAUGCAGGAGAUCCCACAGAUACCCACAUAUACACUAUAUAUAGCCACAAUAAGGAAUAUUAGAAAAGUUUUUUGCUUUUAUGAGAUUCUUUUUGUGGUUUGACUGUUUAAAACACCUCAGACUGUUCCAUUUCUUUAGGUAAAGGGGAAACUGGCUGUUCUGCAGCUGUAUUUACUGAAUAUGAAACCUAUUUGCAGACGAUUCUUCCUUAUGGGCUCUGGAAUUGUAAUAUCUCAUUCCUUUGUGUUACGUUACUGAAUUAAUAUGUUACCGUUGAGAUUAUAGUAUGUUCACAAUAGCUUUUGACCUCAUUGUAGGCCUCAGGGUUCUCAUGGGGUUUGUAGCUCUAAACAAGAUGAAAUUGUAAAAGGUCAGUCGUUCACACCAGCUUAACAUUUAACGCGACUGUUUUGAUUCCGACAAAGGGGAGUUUUGUUACAGAGAUUUGCCUGUUAUCCUCAAAGGCAUUUUAUCAAUGAAUGUGGAUGAAUAUAGGGUUUUUUUUAUUACUGAAUGUGGCACAUUUUCAACACGCAAAAACUUUCUCUAGCUGAAUUUUAUAGAUUAUCAUUGAGUGCACUGAUUAAGAUAUAAUACUAUACAUGACGUGAACAGAACUUAGAUGCCCAGCACAAGAUUGUAAAUAGUGUGCAUGUUUGUGUAUGGGUUUUGGAGAGACAAUAUGUAGAGAGAAGCUAUAUAGUUUGGAUGUUUGUUUCACACGUAAAGUAUAUUGUCUCUCAACCAUUUGAAAUGGAUCUCAUCACAUGUACAUGAAAUGUAUGCAACACAUCUUAUGAGAAUUUGUAGAAGAACUAAAUCUUUAUCAGUGAUAACCUUCUGUGACAUUGACUGUUUCCAUAACUGUUCUAAAAUCUUCCUAAGGUGGAAGUGCUAGGAACACUGUGAUUGGAGGAGAGGUUUAUAUUCUCAAGGACAUUAUCUUUACAUUGGGCAAUAAUGCAGUAUUCACUUGGAUUGGAUCUGUCCAUUUGAGUUGCUUGCCUUUACUAUGACAUCUAAAAUCCUCUCCUACAGUUGCACUGUCCUAGAAAAUGGCACAUUUAUUAUGUAAAGGGUUCUGAAUUCUUGCAUAAAUGCUGUAAUAUAUUAAACACAGAAAUCAAAGCUAUAAUGUGAUUUAAAUAAUGCUCAAUAUGACCAGUUAAUAGUCUCUGAAUUGUAAAUUCUAUAAAAUAAUAAAUUUUAAAUGCUAAAUGAUA